CCUGUAAAGUGAUAACACUACUAGGUAUCUUUACGGAGUGAAGACAGCGGAGCACAGAUUUCACUUUGCAGUGGUCACAAGCGGACUUCGCCGAAAUGGUCCUCGCACUUAAAAUAUCUCGGCUUUUGUUCCAGGCCGGACAUGUCAGCAGCAGAGGAUCCUUACUGACGGCGCAGAAAUGUAUGAGCAGUGCAUCAUACCAGUACAUAUUAACUGACACUUUAGGUGAAAAGAAAAAUGUUGGUCUAGUCCAGCUGAAUAGGCCAAAAGCACUGAAUGCUUUAUGUACUGAUUUAAUACUGGAAAUGGAUAAAGCUAUUGCUGAAUUUGAGAAGGAUGAUAAAAUUGGGGCUAUUAUCAUCACAGGCAAUGAAAAAGCCUUUGCUGCAGGUGCUGACAUAAAAGAAAUGCUGGACCAAACAUAUUCUGUUGUCAUGCGGGGAAGCUUAUUUGGGGAGUGGAAAAGAAUUUCACACUGUACCAAACCUGUGAUAGCAGCAGUAAAUGGAUAUGCGCUUGGUGGAGGAUGUGAAAUGGCAAUGAUGUGUGACAUCAUUUAUGCUGGUGAUAAAGCUCGUUUUGGACAACCAGAAAUUAUAAUUGGUACAAUACCUGGAGCUGGUGGUACUCAGAGAUUAACAAGAGCCGUUGGUAAAUCAAAAGCUAUGGAAAUAUGCUUAACUGGAACUCCAGUUUCUGCAGAAGAAGCAGAGAAAAUGGGACUUGUGAGCAAAGUGUUCCCUGCCAGUCAGCUUAUGAGUGAAGCCAUCAAAUUAGCUGAGAAGAUCUCUUCACAUUCACCUUUGAUUGUGUCUCUGUGCAAAGAAGCAGUAAACACUGCUCUUGAAACAACUCUUCAGGAAGGCCUUCACUUUGAAAAGAGGACAUUCCAUGCAACAUUUGCAACAAAUGACCGAAAGGAAGGAAUGACAGCUUUUGUUGAGAAACGAGCACCAAAUUUCAAAAACAGCUAAUGUGUUCGAAAAACAUGUAUGCAACGGAGAUAAGUGUCCUGAUGGUGGGAAACAUGACUGCAGAGUUUCUUCAUUCGUCAGCCAUUAAGAACAGUUCAGUGGGCAUAGCAUUCAUGUCUUCUUACAUCUUCAAUGAUAAGCAUACUGAGUCCAUUUUCUGUCCUUUAACAACAACAAAAAUUAUUCAUAAUAUUCUAAAAAGUAAAAGAUGAGGUUUUGAAAAGAUAAAUUCCUCAUCUACUGACAUUCAACUUCAUCAUCUAAUGGUAAUGAGAGGUGCUCUGUCAAACUGGCUGAUCAUAAUAACAAUAAAAAAAUAUUUUUCAAGUGCAGACACAGAGAAGAUGGUGCUGUAUGUUCCCUAAUCCUAGGAAUCUAACAAAGAGGCAGCAUGCACUUAA